AUGCUUCUAAUUCCUCUCCUCAUCACCGCCGGAAUCUUCUUCGGCAUUGCUCUGACGAUGCUGAGCCUUUUCUACCUCCUCCGCAGAGUCCGUCCUUCCGUCCAUCAAUCUCCGCCGCCGCGGCCGCCAGAGUCCACCGCCGACGAUCCGAACAGCGUUCUCAAUUCAAUUCCGGUGAUCUGUCAUAUUAAAAACGAAGGGAUUUUCGAGUGUCCGGUGUGUCUUUUAUCGGUUGAGGAAGGCGAGAAAGUUCGGUUCUUGCCGGACUGCGGCCACGGCUUUCACGCAAGUUGUAUCGACGAGUGGCUCUGCUCGCGGCUCACCUGCCCUUUUUGCCGAUCGCCGGUGAUAUCUUCGGCGAAGUCUUCAGACACCAUGUCUGACGCAGUGUCGUCUAAUUUGGCUGGUUUGAGGACUCUGCUGAGGAUAAAACUGGCUUAUUGGCGUAAUAUGGCUCGGGGGCCGUCAGCGAGGGAUGGGGAUAGAUCCAACGGCGGAGGUGAGUCGGGGCAUGAGAGGGAGGAAAGCUCUUCGGUGUGA